CAAUUGAAUCAAUGGCAAAAAUACUCAUACGGUUGUAGCGAGUUGAUUUUCAACCCCCUUAUUGAAUGGUGGAGGAAGGGUCCAAUCAACAAACAGCUGCGUAUCUUUGUAUGGUCAAAUGCGCCGGUCCAUUACAAAAUUAGUAUGAUGGCAUAUAUGUUUUCCUGUUAUGGUAUCGCAGCCUCGGCAGUUUUGUCGGUCCUCAACUAUAUCCUUCUUGGACUGGCAUUUGAAACGGAUGGCUACUAUCUUCAUAGCUUUGAAGUCUUUCUCACAAUUCUCACUGUGUUUCCUGGAUCAGGCAACGUCAGCUACGUUCUUCUUGAAUACAGACUUGGACACUGUAACAUGUGGGCCUCGCUUGUUGAGACCUACACCUGGGUUCCUUUCUUUGUCCACCUCUCCACCGCUCUUUUGGCCCACAUGUUCUCAUACAACAUCACUUGGGGAGCAACAAAAAAGGAAGUCGAACAUUCGAAUUUCUUUAUCGAAGUCCCCCGAAUUUUCAAGCGCUUCUGGCUCACCUUCGUGCUCUCUUUCGGCACCUUCGCCAUGAUC